GUAGCCGCUGCCGCGCGAUGGGGAAGAAGAAGCACGAGCCGCCGCCGCCCACCGGCGGCUUGGACCAGAAUGGCCUGGAGAAGCGGCUGUGCAACUGUAUCUGCCUGUGCCAGCUGGUGUCCAUCCUGUCGGGGGUGGCGCUGCUCUACCUGAGCGUCAUCGUCGUGUCGCCCAGCAAGCAGACGCUGGACGCCGAGUUCGAGUCGACGCCAGUCGUCUGCACUACGCUGGAAAACAUGCGGAACAGCACCAACUGCUCGGUGCUGUCGUGCGGUGAGUGGUGCAUAUCGAAGGGCGGCUCCACCUGCGCCAUCAUCCACGCCAAGGUGCGGCGGGAGGGCAGCGCGGUGUCAUUUCGGGACUGUGACCCGGUGCGUGCCACAUUCUGCUCGGCACAAGAGUACAACCAAACGCAGCAGUUCAUCUGCUCGGAAGGCGAGGACAAGACGGGCCAGUGCGACGCGCUAGACCGCUUCAUGGAUUGCAAGCCGAUCAAGAACAAGGCUGAUGACAUCAAGACGGAGAUGACGUCACUCUGCCGCAACAUCACCGCCAUCCGCGACUGCAGGGGCACCAAGCCGGACGGUACGCAGGAAAAGGAAAUCCACGUCUGCACGCGAUACACGUGCAACGCGCUGAACGGAAUCUACGAGUGCUCCACCGGCAACUGCAAGAAGCUGGAAAACCCCACGUGCGUGGACCGCUGCUCCAACCUGGACAUGGGCAACAUGGCCGUGGUGACGCCCGAUCUCUUCCACUGGGGCCGCUGCCGCUCCGCCUUCUCCAACGGCACGCGCAUCUGGACCGACCAACAAAAGCCGCUCUCCAUGUACUGCACGCGCAUCCGCAACGUCUCUGCCACCGAGAUGGAGGCGGAGGACUGUCUGAACGGCACACUCAUGGACGCGCCCAGCUUCCGCCAGAUCACCAACUACAAGCAGAUGCUGGGCGUGCUAGAGCGCAACGAGGAGCCGCUAUUCGAAGACCAGUCGUUCCUGCCCAGCGAGAAGACGGUGGAGAUCUUCAACCGCACCAAGGUCAUGAUCAACGUGCUGGGCUGCGUCAACACGCUGCGCAAGGAGUGCACUACCUGGCUGGCGCAUAAGGGCAGGGACGGCUCCGAGGGCAUGCAUCCGGCCGUCUACCCGUGCUUCAUCACGCCGCACGCCACCAACUACGUGAUCACGGAUUACGACCGCCAGGCGACCGUGAGCCAGCUGGUGAUGGCCUCGGCCGUGCCCAGCUGCCUCCUCCUGUUCUCCUGCUUCUGCCUCUGCCUGUGCGGCAAGACGGUCGGCGUCAACGAGUUCGGUCUGUUUUUCUGUAAGCCGUGUCACAAGCAAGAUGGCGACGGAGGUAAAGAGCCGGCGAAGCUACGCGCGCCGUGACCAAAGAAGCCCAAUCUGGACAGCCUCUGACACAGCGCCCGGCGACCAUACAGAAGUGCCAGCCCCGGGGAAGAGUCCGCCAACC